AUGGAUCGAGAAAACGGGAAUUUUAGCCCCAAGAGGCGCAAGUUGGAGUUCAAUCCUCUCCGCUCCGACGACCGUUACUCGUCUCUUCCGAAUCGCAACAGCGCCUCGUCCCGCUCACAUAGCCGCUUUCCCAAUGCCUCUAAGUCGCGAGCCUCCACCCCACGGGGACAGUCGAGUUACGCCGCAACUCCCAGACAGCAGGAAUUCGAUGGGCCGGAGCCUCUCGUCAACGAAGAAGAUCAAAAUGCCCUCGAUCGCGACUGGUAUGGUGGCGACGAGUCGGGCGGGCACACAUUCGGCGAUGAUUCGCACAACCCCUUUGGCUCCUACGACACGUCGUGGGUCGAGAAGCAGCAACGAGAGGCUGACAUGGUAGAGAAGAAGGCCGGGAGACACAUGAACGCGCGCCAACUGCAGAGGCAAAAGGAUAACGAUGCGUGGGAGACCAACCGUAUGCUCACAUCGGGUGUGGCGCAACGGCGAGGGAUGGGAGACGACUUCGAUGAAGACAACGAAGGGACGCGGGUCCAUCUACUGGUUCACGAUCUCAAGCCACCAUUCUUAGACGGCAAGACCGUCUUCACAAAACAGUUGGAGCCUGUGCCGGCCGUUCGAGAUUACCAGAGUGAUAUGGCUGUGUUUAGCCGAAAGGGUAGUCGUGUGGUGAAAGAGAGGAGACAGCAAAGAGAACGGCAACGGCAAGCACAGCAGGCAACAAAUAUGGCAGGUACUGCGCUAGGAAACCUGAUGGGUGUCAAGGAAGACGAAGGUGAUAGCGCUUUACCCAUUGCUACGGAGGACGAGGCCAAACCGGUCGGCAACAAGUUUAGCGAGCAUAUGAAAAAGAGCGACGGAGCGAGCAACUUCAGCCAAAGCAAGACAUUGAAGGAGCAGAGAGAGUUUCUACCUGCGUUCGCAGUGCGCGAAGAUUUACUCAGGGUAAUCAGGGAUAACCAGGUAGUCAUCUGUGUUGGUGAGACGGGAUCCGGAAAGACGACACAACUCACGCAAUUUCUCUACGAAGAUGGAUAUGGAAAACUUGGAAUGAUUGGAUGCACGCAGCCUCGUCGUGUCGCAGCCAUGAGUGUAGCGAAACGUGUGGCAGAAGAGAUGGAGGUCAAGCUGGGCAGCACGGUUGGAUAUGCUAUUCGAUUCGAAGACUGCACCAGCAAAGACACCGUCAUCAAGUAUAUGACUGAUGGCGUCCUACUUCGCGAAUCUCUCAAUGAGAAAGACCUGGACCGGUACUCAUGCGUAAUCAUGGACGAAGCGCACGAGCGGGCACUCAAUACUGACGUUCUGAUGGGAUUAUUCAACAAGAUUUUGCAACGGCGCAGAGAUCUUAAGCUGAUUGUUACAUCGGCCACAAUGAACUCGAAGAGGUUUUCAGAUUUCUUCGGCGGAGCACCAGAAUUCUUUAUUCCUGGCAGAACCUUCCCUGUCGACACCAUGUUCCAUCGAUCGCCAGUUGAGGACUAUGUGGACCAGGCAGUUCAGCAAGUUCUGGCAAUACACGUGUCCAUGGGACCUGGGGAUAUCCUGGUGUUUAUGACUGGUCAGGAAGAUAUCGAGUGUACCUGCGAGCUGGUAAAGGAACGAUUGGAUGCGCUCAAUGACCCGCCGAAACUCAGCAUUUUGCCAAUAUACAGUCAGAUGCCUGCCGAUCUACAGGCCAAGAUCUUCGACAGGGCGGCACCUGGAGUGCGGAAGUGUAUCGUGGCCACGAACAUUGCGGAAACAAGUCUGACAGUGGACGGCAUCAUGUAUGUGGUGGAUGCCGGGUACUCGAAACUCAAGGUGUACAACCCGCGAAUGGGUAUGGACACGCUUCAGAUUACACCCAUUUCUCAAGCCAACGCAGGGCAAAGAGCUGGUCGAGCAGGUCGAACGGGACCCGGCAAGGCCUUCCGGCUGUUCACCGAAAAGGCGUACAAGGACGAGCUGUACAUACAGACGAUUCCUGAGAUUCAAAGGACGAAUCUGAGCAACACUGUGCUCCUCCUCAAAUCUCUAGGCGUCCGAGACCUGCUCGACUUCGACUUUAUGGAUCCACCUCCGCAAGACACCAUCAUAACAUCGCUGUUCGACUUGUGGGCUUUGGGCGCCCUGGACAAUCUGGGAGAGCUCACGAACAUGGGUUCGAAGAUGAAUGCUUUCCCCAUGGACCCGUCCUUGGCGAAGCUUUUAAUUAUGUCCGUAGAGUAUGGCUGCAGCGAAGAGAUGGUAACUAUAGUCUCUAUGCUGUCGGUUCCCAAUGUGUUCUACCGGCCCAGAGAACGUCAAGAAGAGUCGGAUGCCGCACGGGAAAAGUUCUUCGUCCCUGAAUCUGACCAUUUGACCUACCUGCACGUCUACUCGCAGUGGAAGUUCAACGGCCAUUCAGACGGAUGGUGCACACGCCACUUCUUGCACCCCAAAUCCCUACGCAGAGCAAGGGAAAUCAGGGACCAACUGCUUGAUAUCAUGAAGAUGCAGAAAAUGGAGAUGAUCAGCUGCGGUACUGAUUGGGACAUCAUCCGCAAAUGCAUUUGCUCCGGUUACUACCAUCAAGCAGCCAAGGUCAAGGGCAUUGGGGAGUAUAUCAAUCUGCGCACCUCGGUCACAGUGCAGCUCCAUCCCACAAGCGCCCUCUACGGUCUAGGGUUUCUGCCCGACUAUGUCAUCUAUCACGAGCUGAUUCUCACGUCGAAAGAAUACAUGUCAACCGUGACGUCUGUAGACCCUCACUGGCUUGCGGAGCUGGGAGGUGUGUUUUAUUCAGUGAAGGAGAAGGGGUAUUCGGCUCGAGAGAAGCGGAUCACCGAGACGGAAUUCAAUCGAAAGAUGGAGAUCGAGACACAGAUGGCGGAGGACAAACGGAGGCACGAAGAGCAGCAGAAGAUGGAUGAGGAGAAGACGGUCAAGAAGCCGGCAGCAGAGAAGGGAAUGAAGAUCAUCACAUCUGGUGCAGUGAAGAAGCCAGUCAUGAAGAGAAAAGGGAGAGGCUUCUAA